CCAUCGCAAUCACAACGUUCCAGUACAGCCCUCCCGUCUCUUCACAGAACCAUAUGCAAGGGACGGCUACCAUGAAGACGAGUAGCGUGGUUUUGUCUGUCGAUCAAGGUAUCUAGGUAAUCUGCCUGCAUGAAGACCGGUGUUCGACAACUGUACGUUACACAAACUACCUGGGGGCGCUCCCCGCGUCGGUGUGGGGGGCAGGUACUCUUGUCUUCCACGCGGAAGAGUUUCCUAGGAAAGUUUGAAUUAAACUACGUUGUUCGUUCUGAGAUUAUACGGUUGAACUUGAUCUGGAUAAUUCCAGCGAAAGGACUCAUGCGCGCUCUGCUCUAUCCCUGACCCUUUCUACUUUUAGGUCUUUACUGACCCAACCAUAACAGCAUGCCUUCGGAACAACCAGACGCCGCCAUGAGGCGUUACUCUGAAAAGGACAUUGCGAAUGUCCAGUCAGGCUAUGAUACGCCACGUCCCAUGGACAAUGGCGAAGAAAACAUUGACCGCACGGCGCGUGCGCCGACGCGCUUGGCCUCAUAUAUCAAGAGGUUCGAGCAGCAAUUGGUUGAGUAUAACUUCGAGGCUCGAGGUAUCGAACGGGUGCCGGAGAACGAGCGGAUGGCCAAGUUGACCUGGGUUGCAUAUCUGCAGUCGUUCCUGCUCUGGGUCUCUAUCAAUCUGGCAGCCAACAACAUCACUCUGGGUAUGCUUGGCCCUGCUACUUAUGGCCUCAGCUUCCGCGACACGGCCCUCUGUGCCGUUUUCGGUACUUUGCUUGGUGGCAUCCCGGCCGCCUGGAUGGCUACUCGGGGCCCAGUCUCCGGGAUUCGGACUAUGGCAUUUGGACGCUACUCUAUGGGGUGGUGGCCCAGCAAGCUCAUUGUUAUCUUGAAUUUGAUUCAGAUGCUUGGUUAUUGUCUGAUUGACUCAGUUGUUGGUGGUCAAAUCUUGUCUGCUGUGUCCCCGCAUGGAAACAUGUCGGUGGCUGUCGGUAUCGUGAUCAUUGCUAUUAUCACCUGGGUCAUCGCUACGUUCGGCAUUCAGGUCUUCCACUAUUAUGAACGCUUUGCGUUCCUUCCUCAGCUUCUUGUUGUAUCUAUACUGUUUGGUGUAUCAGCCAAAAAUUUCGAUCUCUCGACCCCGUCCACGGGAGAUGCUCGCACGAUCGCUGGGAAUAGACUUUCAUUCUUCUCCCUCUGUGUCAGUUCAGCAAUCACUUACACACCACUUGCAGCGGACUUCUUUGUCUACUACCCCCAGCAAACUUCCAAGUGGGCGCUUUCUUCGCUUUCUUUGGCAGGGCUAACCAGUUCCUUCACCAUGGCAAUUAUCUGCGGUGCUGGCCUCGGGUCAGGCAUCGCCAACCAUGCGGGAUACAGUAAAGCCUACUCCGUUGGCGCGGGAGCACUCAUUGUCGAGGGGUUCAGCCCACUUGGUGGGUUUGGCAAAUUCUGCUCAGUGGUUGUCGCUCUCGGUUUGAUCGCGAACACGGUAGCUCCCUCCUACUCUGCGGGAGUCGACUUUCAGAUUCUCGGCCGAUAUGCCGAAAAGGUUCCGCGGGUGCUUUGGAACACCUUUGGAGCGGUUAUAUUCACUGUGUGCGCAUUGGCCGGUCGAAGCAACCUUUCUAAUAUCUUCACCAAUUUCCUGGCUCUCAUGGGCUAUUGGGUGGUCAUGUGGGUGGUCAUCAUUCUUGAGGAGCGGUUCAUCUUUCGGUUCCGUUCUGGCUACAAUUGGUACGCGUGGAACGAUCCGUCCAAACUGCCGGUCGGUAUCGCCGCUCUGAUUGCUUUCCUGGUUGGCUGGGCGGGUGCAGUUCUGUGCAUGGCACAGGUGUGGUAUAUCGGACCUAUUGCGCGCUUGGUGGGCGAAUAUGGCGCCGAUAUGGGCAUCUAUGUCGCAUUCUCUUGGACGGGCCUUGUGUAUCCUCCUCUUCGGUACAUCGAACGGCGUUACUUCGGUCGGUGAUUUCGAAGCACUCUGAGAAGGAAAUGGUCUCUAGUCGAGCAUUGAAAAGCGUGGGUCGGUGUGUGAUGUAUGGGGAAAACGAGUCAAGUUGAUCGAAGGGUCAGGAGGGAUUCAAGACGGAGCUCAAAAGUUAUACUUUCUACUACUAUAGCGUGGGUGCCAGGGAAGCGAAGAUGUUGUCUGUGUGUUCAUCACUAGUCUCUAUUUGUCACUAUAUAGAAGUAGGAUCCCGGGCAGUGUAAUCUGUAUAGAUAGAAGCAAGUCCAAG